CGUCAUGAAAGCAGCAGAAGUGGACAAAUCCGCUAAUAUCCUCACUGCGCAUGCGCAAGACGGUUGGAAACUGGUACAUAAACAAAAUUGGUAUUCCGCUGCAAAUUGCGAAAAUCGUGAUGGAAAGCGCCAAAGAUGUCGGCGUACAGAGCGACCUUCCAGUAUUCUGGAGCCGAGAAGCGACGCUAGCUUUGUUGAACGCGUAUGAAGUACAGAGGGAUCGCUUAGGUAAAGACUUUCGUUUUAAGAACUACAUGUGGGUUGCAAUAUCCCUUGCACUGAAGAAUGAGAUGGGGAUGAACUUCACACCAGCCCAGUGCGAGAACAGGUGGAGAGUUCUUUUGCGCAGUUACAAGAGAGCGAUGGACAAUAAUUUGAAGUUAUCGAGGAGAAGAAAGGACUUUGUGUACCAAGAUGCGAUGCAGAAGAUACUGAAGGGAGAAGACAUCAUCAGACCAGUGUCGCAGUCGGAUGAGACAGGUGUGCUUUCUAGUGGUGGAAAAUCGAAUGUACAGGUAGGGAACAGUGGUAGUGAACCUGAGACAGUACCAAAUAGUGGUAACGAAUUAUUAAUUAAUAGUGGAAAACCUAAUGCGAACAGUGAAGUGAUUAGUAGUGAACCUGAGCCAACAGCAGGUAAUGGUAAACAAUUAUUCAUUAUCAGAGGAAACUCCAGUGUGAAUAGUGAUGGGAUUAGUAGUGAACCUGCGCCUUUACCAAGUAAAAAUUUCUUCAUUAUCAGUACAAAACCCACUAUGAACAGUGAUGUGAUUUGUAGGCCUAGUGAAACCGAACCCUCACUAAAUAGCGGUAAACAGUUAUUCAUUAUCACUGGAAAACCCUGUGUGAACAAUGAUAGGAUUAGUGGUGAACCUGAGCCAGCACCAGGUAGUAAUAAACAAUUAUUCAUUAUCAGUGCAAAAACGAAUGGGAACAGUGAUAGGAUUAACAGUGAACCUGCGCUAACACCAAGUAGUAGUAAACAAUUGUUACUCAUCAGUGGAAAAUCCAAUGGGAACAGUGAUGGGAUUAGUAGUGAACCUGAGCUGACACCAAGUAGUAGUAGUAAACAAUUAUCACUCAUCAGUGGAAAAUCCAAUGGGAACAGUGAUGGGAUUAGUAGUGAACCUGAGCUGACACCAAGUGGUAGUAGUAGACAAUUAUUACUUAUCAGUGGAAAAUCCAAUGUGAACAGUGAUAGGAGUAGUAAUAAACCUGAGCCACCACCAAGUAGUAAUGAACCUGCACCAGCAGCAAGCAGUAGCAAACAGUUAUUUACCAAUCCUUCUGAAUCAUCAGUUAGUCCACCAGAAAAGAGAAGGAAGCUGAAACAGUCGUUCUUACAACAGAUAAGAGCUGACAGGAAACUUUACUACGAGAAAAAACUGGAAGUAGACAGGGAGAGACUUGAAGGCUUAGAAAGGAGAAAUGAUGAGUUACUGCAGUUAAAGAAAAUGAAGCUUCAACAAGCAGAGAGAAUGAUUGCAUUUGAAGAAGAAAAGCUCAAAUGUGAAAAAGAAAAACUUGUAAUUUCUAGUGAAAAAUUAAAAAUGUAUCGUAGGUUAGUUCAGCUACAAGAAGAAAGCAAUGACAUUUUGAGAUCUAUUAAUGACCAAUUUGAUUUUUUACUAUAAGUGAUCGAGCCCCUUGUGUGACUAUUCACAUGUUCUUUUCUGGUAAUUGAUUUUCACUGAUGUUUUUUUGCCAUUUGUAGAACUUUCUUGAUACAUGCUCACAUUCUAUUUUUGGCUCCUUGUAUGACAGACGGCACUUCCCUUUGCACUACCUAUUAGUGGUACUUCCCAUUCCAUUCACGUAUUGAGCAAGAGAAGAAUGACUGCUUAAAUGCAUCUGUGUGCAUUAUAAUUAGCCUAUUCUUGUUUUACUGGUGCUUUGGGAGUGAUACAUUGGGGAUUUUAGUUUAUUCCUAGAGCACUCUCUUGAAACUUAGAAGUAGGUUUCGAAUAUAGUUUGCAUCUAUCUUCAAGUGUCUACCAGUUCAAGUUUUCAGAAUUUCCGUGAAGUUAUCCCAUGAGUCAAACAAACCUGGGAUCAUUCGUGUAGCACUUCUUUCCUGUGUAUUCAGUAUCCCCUGUUACUUCUGUUUCAUUGGCUGCAGGGUGGUGGUGGUUGGGGGGGGGGGGGGGGGGGGGGCUCGUUGUAUGAAUCUUCUCACUCUGAACAUUGGAUCCCACAUCUGUCUCUGUAGCAACAGGUGGUUUGUUUCUUCAUAAUCCUGUGCAUCUUGUAUUGAUACAUAAGAUCCUUUCUCUCCCCCCCUCCUCCUCCUCCUCCCAACUUCCUGACAUAUUUUCUUUCUCUUUAUUUUAUUGAAGCAUACUUCUUAUAGCUGCACUCUAUGAAUCUUCUCCCACCGGUCCGGUGUGAAAAGCAUAUCUCUCCAUUGCUUCAGCUCACAUAUUAUUGCACCCAAGAUUUAUGUUACCUUUCCUAUAUAUUGUAUCAAAACUAGUUUAUAGCCUUGCCAUGUCAUAUUGGAAGCAACUAAAAAUUUUCUUAGAUUUGUGGCUGCAUGUAAACUCGAUUAAAUUAUGAGUAUAAAAUAGCUAUGGUGUGAUUUUAUUUGUGUUCCUUAUAAAAAUCUGCAUCCUAAUGAUUACAGUUUCAUUCUGCUGGAGUGGUUUUUGCCAUCAAAUCGAAGUAUCUAUAGAUAGUAAAAACGUUCACAGCCAUCCACAGGUGCAGGCGCGCGCGCGCGCACACACACACACACACGAGAUAAAUUAAUGAAAACAUCAUUUUCUGACUAUUGGGUACCAUGUUCAAUUUGCAAAAUGUUUCAUGAUAGACUAGCAAUAUUAAAUUUAUUUGUGGUGCACACUUGUUCCAGCUAACAUAAAAGA